UUCCACUUAUCUCCAGCAAUCCACACCCACCUCCAGGAUAAAUACCCAGGGCUGAGCAUCGGUGCAGCACACAAAGCAGCAGACGCCAAAGGAACUGCCUCCAGGUUGGGACGCGUCACAAAAUGAGAGUCGCCACCGUCGCCCUUCUCCUGGUGCUCCUUGCGGGGACCCAGGCCCGCCACUUCUGGCAGCGCGAUGAGCCCCAGCAGACCCCCGUGGAGCGCUGGGUCGAAGCCGUCUACGCCUACCUGGAGACCACAAAGGCCGGGGCCAACGAAGCCUUGUCCCAGAUUGAUGCCUCCACCCUGGGACAGAAGCUCGACCUGCACCUGCGGGAUUCCCUGCAGACCCUGACGGGGGCCCUGUCCAAGGUCCACGAGGAGUUCUCCCCCCAGGUGGAAGCCUUCAAGGCCCAGCUGCACACUGACCUCGAGAACGUCCAGCAGCAGAUGACCAAAGACCUGGACCAAAUGAAGACCAAGAUCAAGCCCUUCGUGGAUGACUUCAACCAGAAGUUCCAGCAGGACAUGGUGGCCUUCCGUAACCGCCUGGAGCCCGUCAUGCAGGAGGUGCGCCAGAUGGCGCGCCAGAACAUGGAGGCAGCGCAGCAGAAGGUGCAGCCUUUGCUCGAAGAGGCCCGAGACAAGUUUCGCACCCACGUGGAUGAGCUGCGCAAGAACCUGGCCCCCUACGGCGAGGAGAUCCGGCAGAAGUUCAGCGAGAAGAUGCAGGAGCUGCGAGACAAAGGCUUCCCAGAGUUGACCCAGUACCAGACUCAGGUCCAGCAGCAUCUCAGUGCCUUGAGGGAGAAACUCGUCCCCCUCGGGGAGAAGCUGCAGGCGGAAUUGACACCUUUGUUUGAGACGGCCAAGACUCGGCUGCAGAACCUCAUGGGCGACGUCCAGAGGAGCCUCGAGCAGUACAUGCAGCAGCAGCAGCAGCAGCAGCAACAGGGGGCCUAGAGGCCCUCGUCUUCUGCGGGGUGUGUGUGUGUGUGUGUGACGGGGACGCGUGCGCACGCACACACACUUCUUCCUUUCUGGGCCUCUCCCGCCCUCCCUUCUCGAGGUGGCCCCAAAGAAGCACUGCCUCCCCAUAGCAUAUUUCCCCCUGACUUUGUUUUGAGCCAUCCAAAUCCUCUCUGGCC